CAGUGUCCAGGAGAGAGAAAAUCAACUAUCACGAUUCACGUAAUUCUGUUCUGGGUUUAGGGUUUUUCUUCAUCUUCUUCCCCAUUCAAUUUUAGGGUUUUACACACACAUUCUAUCUCUUUUCCCUGAGUUGAAAUAAAUUAUUCACGCAAAAAAUGAGGAAGCUAAAAUUUCAUGAACAAAAGUUGUUAAAGAAAUUAAACUUCUUAGAAUGGAAAAGAGAAGGAGGUCACAGAGAAGCUAGUGUUAUACAGCGUUACCAUGUCUCUGAACGAGAUGAUUAUAAAAAGUACAAUAGUUUAUGUAGGAUGGUGCAAAAAUUGGUUAACAUAUUGAAGCAGAUGGAUCCUAGAGACCCAUAUCGAAUUGAGAUGACUGACAAUCUCUUGGAAAAGCUAUAUAAUAUGGGUGUCAUACCCAAUCGAAGAAGCUUGGCUGUUUGUGAACGCUUGAGUGUGUCAUCUAUUUGCAGACGGCGGCUAUCAUAUAUUUUGGUGAGGUUGAAGUUUGCUGAGUAUCUGAAAGAAGCUGUGACAUACAUCGAGCAGGGACACAUCCGAGUAGGUACUGAGACAGUUACAGACCCUGCGUACCUUGUUACUAGGAAUCUGGAAGAUUUUGUAACCUGGGUUGAUUCAUCAAAGAUAAAGAAGAAAGUACUACAAUAUAAUGACAAAUUGGACGAUUAUGAUCUUAUGGAGUGAGCUACUGAGCUGGAGCCAAAAUUCAAGGUCGUUCUUCCUUACUUUUUCUUUGUGGAGGAUUCCUUAAUUUUAAGGUCUCUUUUUCACAUUGAACUAUUGUAUGAAACUGGUGUACUGGUUACAAACAUAUUAAGAAAUCAAGUCGGACAUUGUUGUUUAAUCUAUCUGUGUAGUAUCAAGUAUGUAUAUUUACUUUUGUAAUUGAAGAGAGCCUUGGCAGCCUUUUGUUUUCCA